AUGGGGCUGGGUUGGAGAUGCUCUUAUAUACAGGAUAAAAAGGUUUCGGUCCUUCUCCGGUUUGCUUUCCUUGAGAUCUGCGUCUCUGUUCUCUUCUUCGUUUCGACACUUUUGCUAGGGAGAUUGCUCUCGAUUCGCUCAGAAAUGGCGCCACCGAUUGAGAUUGCUGCUACCAAAACGUAUGUAGAGAAACACGCUGCUUCACUUCCUCCUCUUAAUGAGAGGAUACUCUCUUCCAUGACCCAGAGAUCAGUUGCUGCACACCCUUGGCAUGAUCUCGAGAUAGGACCUGGAGCUCCAGUCAUCUUCAAUUGUGUGGUUGAGAUAGGAAAAGGGAGCAAGGUGAAGUAUGAACUUGACAAAACUACUGGUCUCAUCAAGGUUGAUCGUAUUCUUUACUCAUCCGUCGUAUACCCACACAACUAUGGCUUCAUUCCACGUACCCUUUGUGAGGACAAUGACCCUAUUGAUGUUCUUGUCAUCAUGCAGGAACCGGUGAUCCCAGGAUGCUUUCUUCGUGCCAAAGCUAUUGGUCUGAUGCCAAUGAUUGAUCAGGGUGAGAAAGACGACAAGAUUAUCGCUGUCUGCGCUGACGAUCCAGAGUACCGUCAUUACAAUGACAUCAGUGAGCUCCCACCUCAUCGUAUGGCUGAGAUCCGCCGUUUCUUUGAAGACUAUAAGAAAAACGAGAACAAGGAAGUAGCCGUUGACGACUUCCUUCCCGCUACUGCAGCCUACGAGGCUGUUCAGCAUUCCAUGGAUCUCUAUGCGGAUUACGUCAUGGAAACCUUGAGACGGUGA